AUGUAUGGAUUCAUCAAAUCUGCAGUUUGUUUUCUGCAGUAUAUUUCCUUGGUAAAUGCAGCCGAAAAACGGCUUAAUCUGACCGCAGGACAGGCCAUUUGGAACUGCAAUGGUGGUGGAUACGCCGACAAUCCUGCUUUGUAUUGGACUAGCAGUCUCAUGGAUUCUUCUGUACACAUCCGGGCAGUAACACCUAUCAAUGGAAGACAAUCUUGUGAAUGGAAUUUGGAUGUUGCCGCAAUCAGCACACCCGACUUGGACGUUGCCAUAAUCAGAAGAUCCGACAUAGAAGUGAGUGGGUAUACCCGCAUGUCACAGUGCCCUUAUGGAGGGACUAGACACGACUGUUAUGACAGUGUUUUUUUCGACAAAAGGUUCGACAAGCUCAUUACUGAAAAACUCAACUCGAGUUCUAUUGAAUUAUUCCAGCUGUCUAGUGAAAGCAGUGAUACUGUUUUCACGCAUUUUGUUGAUCCUACGGUAAACUAUUGCGUCAUCAUUACUUUGAACACUGCUGAUAAGGAAUGUGAAGUGUUAGUCGAUGUAGACUGGCAAACCUCUUACGAUCGGUUGAAAGAAGAAGAUUUUCCUCGCACAUACUCAAACGUGUUUUGCGGUCUGGUGCUUCUCGUUGGUUCCGCAGUUUACUACCAUUACGUUUUUGAUAAGGAGAGCUUGGCAACGAUUGAGUACAAAACUGACGUCGACUGGACAGCCCAGCUCAAGAGCAAAGAGAUACAGGUAAGGAUUCUGAUUCACAUGGUUGCAUUUUCUUGUGAUAGGCUUGCAAAUGCCAAUGAACUGAUUUGGGCACAUAUGCUUGGGUAUCCUAACGCUAGCUUUGCCGUGGAGUUGAUGAACCACGUAGAGGGCGUUACUGCAAUGGUUGAGAUUGGCUGGAAUGCUUAUAACAGAUUUUUAUUCUCAGCCGGUUAUUUGCUUAUACCGAAUUCGGCAACCGGCUGGCAACUCAGUUUCAUCAGGUUCUUAACUUUAUGGCAUAUUGCCUUCAUACUGGUAUUCAUCUUCGGAAUAGACGCCGACGGCUUUGGUUCCUUCUUCACUGACAAAGCAUUGUCAAUGUUGUGCCUAGGGAUACAGCUCAGUGUUAUAUACAUGAUUUACCGUUCCAUUAAGACCUACUUUCGGUUACGCUCAGCUGCAGGUGGUGAUACGACGCGCCGGUACUUGAUGACCUUGUCGUUGUUCUUCUUGGAGACGUUUGCUCGUGAGAUUGAACCUUUUUUGCUGGAUGAGGAUUUUUUGCAUAAAGGUAAUGGUAGUUUGCUCAUGUCGGUCAAAGGCGUGAUCGUUUUAUUUGUUACAGCGUACAUAUGGAAAGAUGAGGUAAUUGGGCCAGAGAAGUCGUGGGUGUGGAACUGGUUUGUACAGGACGAUCUAGAUCUCGAUGUGGCCAUAUGUGACCAAUGUGGCCAAAGUAUUCACACUUUAGCCGGCGAGAAAGGUUCAACCAAGAUGCUGACUGAGCAUCUGGGGAUGCAUCAGAUUGACGAGGCGACGGCGAACCCAAAGGCCAAUGUUGACAAUUCUGUUAUGGAAAACAGUGCUCAGCUUCCCCAAAAAUCAAACUUAACACAAGGUGGCUAUGCAUCUCUGCCGCAGCAUAUUUUGAGCGAAUUUGAGACUGCGCCUUACACCGGUGUGAAGUUUCACCGGGAGGUUAUGAAAUUUUUGGCUGAGAAUAAGCUGCCCAUCACAGUGGCAAGGUCGCCUACUUUCAGGCAAAUCGUGUUUACUUUGCGUCCCGAAUCAAUACUUGAUUUGGAUGAUCUUGACAAUAUCUAUAGUUCGUUCGUCGACGUUUUCCAGAUGACACCGGCUGAGGAGUGA